ACACAUCGCUUCAAGCUGCCGAGCUGACACACAACCACAGUCUGCUACCUCAUACUCUGUAGUUUCACCAGUUUCACAUUCAUUCAUCAAUAGCACUUUGCUCGGGUAGGUCGCUCUACGCUGUAGGUGCUAGUAAAGUAAAGGAUCCGUACUCAUAAAAAGUUCCGUAUUAAAAUUUCGAGUAAUUUCCACGCUUUUUAAUUUCGUUAGUACUUUUUGCGUUGCUCGUUUUGUAAGUAGUCACGUGAAAAUGGCUGCCCUAUCUCAGCUAAUCAAAACGGCCGUCCGCCCAGCAUGUCGGGCCCUCUCGUCCAAGGCAGCUCCGGCCGUCGAGGCUUCCUCGAUGGGCCCGAGCUUUGCGAUGUCCGACGAGCAGAAGGAAAUCGUCGACAUGACCAAGAAGUUCGUCCGGGAGGAAAUCAUCCCGGUGGCAGGGCAGUACGACAAAACUGGCGAGUACCCGUGGCCCAUCAUCCGCAAGGCCUGGGAACUGGGCCUGAUGAACAACCACAUCCCGGCUGAUAUUGGUGGCACCGAUAUGUCAAUCAUGACCAGCUGCAUGAUUGCGGAAGAGCUGGCCUACGGAUGCACCGGCAUCAUGACGGCCCUCGAAGCCAGCGGUCUGGGACAAACCCCAGUCAUCAUAGCCGGAAACCCCGAACAGAAGAAAAAGUACCUGGGUCGUCUGCUAGAGGAACCACUAGUGGCAGCUUACUGCGUCACGGAACCCGGUGCCGGAUCGGAUGUCAACGGAGUUAAGACCCGUGCCGAAAAGAAGGGCGACGAGUACAUCCUCAAUGGACAGAAGAUGUGGAUCACCAACGGAGGAGUUGCCAACUGGUACUUCGUUCUGGCCCGCACCAACCCGGAUCCAAAGUGCCCCGCAUCGAAGGCCUUCACCGGAUUCAUCGUUGAGCGUGACACCCCCGGAUUGACUCCUGGUCGCAAGGAGCAGAACAUGGGCCAGCGUGCGUCCGACACCCGUGGAAUCACAUUCGAGGAUGUCCGAGUGCCAAAGGAAAACGUCCUCAUUGGCGAGGGAUCCGGAUUCAAAAUCGCCAUGGGUACGUUCGACAAGACCCGUCCACCGGUGGCAGCUGGAGCCGUCGGUUUGGCACAGCGUGCUCUCGAUGAAGCCAUGAAAUACUCACUGGAACGCAAAACCUUCGGAGUUCCGAUCGCUGCCCACCAGGCUGUUUCGUUCAUGCUGGCAGAUAUGGCCAUCGGUGUGGAAACGGCUCGCUUGAUCACGAUGAAGUCCGCCUGGGAAGUGGAUCAGGGCCGAAGGAAUAGCUACUAUGCCUCGAUUGCCAAAUGCUACGCAGCCGAUAUGGCCAACAAGGUGGCGUCAGAUGCGGUGCAGAUCUUCGGCGGAAACGGUUUCAAUACGGAAUAUCCGGUGGAGAAGCUGAUGCGUGAUGCCAAAAUCUACCAGAUUUACGAGGGAACCUCGCAGAUUCAGCGCAUGAUUAUCUCGAGGAAUAUGAUCGAAGCCGCCAAGGGCAAGGCUUAAGUUUUAGUGUGGAGUGUUUUUUAUUUUAUUAGUGUAAGUAAAUAAAUGUAUGAAAAACAAUCAAUAUUUAAUGCAGAAGGUGAAACAAGUGGCAGGAAACGAUUAUCAUUUUGUUUGCAAUAAACUGAUUACCAUUUAGUUAAAACCCAAA